CUAUUAUGAGUACGUAACACAUUCAAGUAUUUGUAUAAUUUAGAGUGCACGUAAAACGUACACUAAAAUCUUAUUUUUUUAAAAAAGUAUAAUGUAUAAUUUUCGAUCCCAUUUUGGUCAUGAAGUUCACAACACAAACUAUUUUAAUCGAACAUCCAGAAAGCUUCAUGCAUUUCUCUCCUCCUGUGUUUAAUGUUUAAAAAUAUCCAUAAAGAGCCCAAAAAAAAAAACCAAAAAAAAAACAAUCCCACAGAAAUGUCUCCAUAAGCAGCUGGAAAUAGUAAAUGUGUGCAUAUCUCCUCACUCUGCAUUGGUUCAUAUGCUUGGAGAGGGGUUUUUGCAUGUGUGUGUGUGUUCUCGGGGCAGGGAAGACUCCGCCCAUUUAUGCUAAUUGAGGCCUCCCAUUGGUGUGUCAGGGGAGCAGGCGCGCUGCGAUUGGCCAGCUCCAAGCCAUUUAUUCGCUGACGGCCCCCCGUCACAUGAAUGGUUGUCUAUUAACUUGUUCAAAAACUAUCUGGAGUUGUCAAGGCUCAGGCGGACUCAGGCGAAAAAAGUACAGUGGCUUGUUGAUGCUUUUGCGGAGAAGCGACGGGAGAAGUUUUGUGGACACCGGGACCUUACUGGGAGAAAACUCUCUAUCUCUCUCACACACACACUGACACUCACACGCGCUGACGCUGACACGCACACACACUCGGUGAGAGGGAGUGAGAGUGUGUGGAGACGCCGCUCGGUGCUUGGUGUGUGUUUUUUUCGUCCAGAGAAAAGUUGCAGAGAGAAAUCGACAGGUAACUUUGUGUCAGCAGCAGCAGCAGCAGUGACCCUGCGCUCCUUCUUCCUCCCUGUCCUGCCUCUGGUUUGUGGAGUUUAUCUCUUUUUUUGUUUGUUUAUAUAUAUUUUUUUCUUCUCUGCGUCGGAGCUCCAACUCAAAGCUGUUCCCAAUGUAUAACAUGAUGGAGACUGAACUGAAGCCUCCUGCUCCCCAGACCAACACGGGGGGCACGGGCAACACUAACUCGUCUGGCACUGGCACCAACCAGAAAAACAAUGCCGAGCGGGUCAAGAGACCCAUGAACGCGUUCAUGGUGUGGUCCCGGGGUCAGAGGAGGAAGAUGGCACAAGAAAACCCCAAAAUGCACAACUCGGAGAUUAGUAAGAGGCUGGGCGCAGAGUGGAAACUUCUGUCCGAGAGUGAGAAGAGACCUUUCAUCGACGAAGCCAAGAGACUGCGGGCCCUGCACAUGAAGGAGCAUCCGGAUUACAAAUACCGGCCCCGGCGGAAAACCAAGACCCUCAUGAAGAAGGACAAGUACACCUUGCCCGGUGGGCUGCUGGCUCCGGGAGGGAACGGGAUGGGGAGCGGGGUCGGUGUAGGAGUGGGCGCGGGGCUGGGUGGCGGCGUGAACCAGCGCAUGGACAGCUACGCGGCGCACAUGAACGGCUGGACCAACGGCGGCUACGGCAUGAUGCAGGAGCAGCUGAGCUACCAGCACCCGGGGCUCAACGCGCACAACCCGAGCCAGAUGCAGUCCAUGCACCGCUACGACAUGAGCGCGCUGCAGUACAACACCAUGGCCAGCUCCCAGAGCUACAUGAACGGCUCGCCCACUUACUCCAUGUCCUACUCGCAGCAGAGCACGCCGGGCAUGACCGCGCUGGGCUCCAUGGGGCCCUCCUCCGUGGUGAAGUCCGAGUCCAGUAGCUCCAGCCCGCCCGUCGUCACCUCGUCGUCCCAUCGCGCCGCUCCGGGCUGCCAAAGCGGGGACCUGAGGGACAUGAUCAGCAUGUACCUGCCCGGGGCGGAGGUCAGUGAGCAGAGCGCCCAGACCCGGCUACACAUGUCCGGCCACUACCAGAGCCCCGUGCCCGGGACGACGCUCAACGGCACACUGCCGCUAACACACAUGAAGCUCUAGAGGAAACGGUAGGAGAAAACCCCCCUCCCUCCUCCUCCUCCUCUCCCCCCUCCCUCUUCACUGGUGGAUGAAGUUUGGAAGACUAUUAAAAAGUGGGAGUCGCAAUCAAAAUGUUUUACUAUUGCAAUCACCUUUUGUACAGUAUUUAUCAAAGAAACAUUACAAUCAGAUGAAAUUGUUUGUUUAACUGCAAGAGGUUACUUUUUUGCCAUUUUCUUUUAUGUUUUAUUUAGUUAUUUUCGUAUACAACUUAACGCCAGUUCUGCAGAAAAUAUUAAACGUGUGGGGGAGAAAAAAAAAGAGUCAGAACUGGAAUAAUGACACUGGAGUUUUCACUGAAUUACUGAAAACACUGGAAAGAAAAGGGAUGAAACAGGUAAUACUGUUUUGUUUUUGUUUUUUAAAUUUUUCAUUUAAAGUCGAUGUUACUAAAACAUUUUUCAUUUUAUUUUCCUUUCAAAAACACAAGACUGUUUUUUCCCCCUCCAGCUUAAAAUAUAGGUUGUUAAUUUAUAUUCCCGUCUCCCACUUUUCAAUCUGUUUAGAGGUUAUGACGCUUGUGCUACUUAUUUUCUAAUUGAUUUGUACAAUUUCUGUAUAUUUACUGUGGUAUUUUAAGUUUUUAUUUCAAGUAAACAGCAAAAAUAAAAAAAUCUCAUUUCCCGUAGUUGUAUUUUAAAAAUUGUGGCCUGUACGCAGAAGCCAAACCACUCUAUGUAAAUAUUUACCGGAACUAAUACCAUCCUUAUAACAGUUACAGUUUCAGCUGAAUAUAUUUUUUUUUCAAUAUGCAGUUUGAAAUGAAUAAAUUUUGGAAAUUUG